UCGAUUUAUCAUUGAAGAGCAGCAAAUUGAUUUUGUACGAAUUGGCUAUCAAAUAGAAAGGGCACAUUGGGAUUAUCUAGAUAAUGAAUGUACAAAAGACCCAAAGUUGAUAAAAUUUGACAUGGAGGCGUUUGCUAUUCGUGUGUUUAGCCAUCUGCAUUUUUUAAGGCCAUAUAUAUCAUAUAUCGAUAUUAUGUUUGAGGAAUUGCAAGAGCACAAACGAUCUGCGCCGACAUUUGGAGCGAUUAUAUUGAAUAAAGACAUGACGAAAGUGGUUCUGGUGCAGAACUACUGGGCAAACAACAAUUGGAGUUUUCCGAAAGGAAAAUUAGACCGUCGUGAGGAGCCAUACCAAUGUGCUAUUCGAGAGGUAUGGGAAGAGACUGAUUUCGUUCUGAUCGCCGUGAUCAUGAUAUCCUAUAGAUACAAAAUGAAUCCAGACAAUCUGACGACUCCUCUAGCCGCGUCUAUCGGUGACGUCGUGUCCAUCAGUAUUCUCUCCACCGUUGCAUCAGAAUUUUACAAAAGGCUAUACACACAAGUAUGGAUACUGUACAUCGUUAUAGGAAUGUACUUGGUGCUUUUGCCGAUUUGGAUUAUAAUCGUGCUGAAGAACAAAUACACGAGAACAGUAUUAAAGUCUGGCUGGGUCCCCAUUCUGUCUGCUCUUAUGAUCAGUGGCGGAGGUGGAUUAGUUCUUGAGAGAAUGAUCGACUUUUAUAAAGGAUCUGAAGUCUUUCAAUCAGUCAUUAAUGGGAUUGGCGGCAACUUAGUAUCGGUGCAAGCGUCUCGAAUGUCAACCAUGUUGCACCAGACUUCUAUCCUGGGAAUUCUACCACCACACAACAAAAUUUGUGUGACACCGUGGAACGCGCUUUUCGUGAAAUCAAUAUAUGCCAAAACCGCAAGAUUGCUCCUCGCUAUGUCCAUCCCCGGUCAAUUGAUCUUUGUUUUCAUCGCUAAUGCUUUAAACCCGGGCGAUUGCAUGAUACAUGUAUACUUUGUACUCUUUUAUGUAACUGCUUCCUUAUUGCAAGUAAUGCUUCUGUUGAACAUGGCACACAUAAUCAUUCACGCGAUGUGGAGGUGCAAAAGCGAUCCAGACAACUCGGCGAUCCCCUACUUAACGGCAUUGCGUGAUUUGAGCUGAUCGCUGCUCUUAGCAUUAGCUUUCUUCUUUGUAUAUUUGAUACAAAGACCAUAUUGUUUCGAUUAA